AUGUCCAUGUCCAUCUACUCCUUCUCCUCCUCCUCCUACUCAGAUCAACAUACUCUUUUGGCAGAAGAAAGACGGCCUACAGCUCUACGAUCACAACUCAAAGGAAAUUUUCGCUGGUCAAAUUAUUGUGCCCUGAUUUCGAGUCCCACACCCGAUUUGGCUACUCGUGCGAAGUCGUCUUUCUGUUGGGGCUCUCGACGUUCGGCUUUCGGUUGGGCAAUCGACACCGACGUCUUGAGGUGGGGAGACUCGUCUAACGAGGCCAGCGGGCACGGCCUACUCCGCUCCUCAACCGCGGCUGGUACGACUCGAACCAGCCGUUCCGAAGCCUCUGGCCGAGCCUGGCCUCGGCACACGGUCUGCUUCGGUUGA